UUCCUUGUCGAACAAAUUGUGGAAGGAAAAAUCUACGGCAACACAUUCUUGAGUGAGAAAUUCUAGAGAGAGAGAAGGGGGAGGGGGAAAAUGAGCGGCACCUCCAGUCUGCUGCAACUAUGGCAGAUUCCAUCGACCAAAUUACUGUUCAGACGCUCCAAAUUUCCCAAGGGUUCAUAUCUGGUGCCUGGAACAGAAAUCUAUCCUACUUUAUGCUUUUGUAAAGAAGUGCAGACUACCGCAUAUGAAGUUGUGAAUGGAAGUUAUGUACCUGCUGCCCAAACCAAACAACAAAACAAACAAAAGGACAAAGCAUUGACUACAGUUGAAACUGUUGGUGCUUUUCAAAACCUACCUAUGGUGAUGCCACCUACUGAUAUUCUUUACUCGGCACUGAGGAAGGCAAGGAGGGUCUUACCUACAAGGGGCAUUUCCAAUAUUGCAAAGCGAGAGAGAAAUAGAGGCGCAAAGCAACUUGAUGCACUGAUGAAGGAGCUCGCUGUUCCAUUAAGGAUGUAUAAGGAGAGCUUCCCAAACAAAAAGUUUUUGCAUCCUUACGAACGGUCUCUUAUUGAAUUGACUCUUGGAGAUGGGAACUAUGAAGAGGUGUUGCGAAAAAUUGAUGCUUUGAGGAAGAAGGUGACAUCGGUUGGAAAGGAACACGCCUCUCUCUGUGCUAAGUCUUCAACGAAGCGAGAAGCAGAAGAACGAUUGAAUGAGGGAAUGAAGAAACUUGAAGAGAUUUUUCAUCAUGAAGGAAAAGCUGUCAAUGAUUUGCUGAACAUUGCCAAGACUUUGCGUGCUAUGCCAGUUGUUGACUUAGAAACACCGACACUCUGCCUUGUUGGAGCUCCUAAUGUGGGGAAGUCAUCUUUGGUCCGUAUACUCUCAACAGGGAAGCCUGAGAUCUGCAACUACCCUUUUACAACUAGAGGAAUCCUAAUGGGCCAUAUUGCUUUAACCUACCAGAAUUUUCAGGUAACAGACACACCUGGUCUACUGAAGAGACACGAUGAGGACAGGAAUAAUUUGGAAAAGUUAACGCUUGCUGUCCUGUCGCAUUUGCCAACUGCCAUACUAUAUGUUCAUGACCUCUCUGGAGAAUGUGGGACCUCACCUUCUGACCAGUUCAUCAUAUACAAAGAAAUAAAAGGAAGGUUCAGUGAGCAUCUUUGGCUUGAUGUAGUCUCCAAAUGUGAUCUCUUGCAUGGAUCUCCUGUAGUAUUCAUUACAGAGGAUGGUGAUGCUGAUGAUCUGGAGCUGGCAAGGUACCGAAAAAUGGGACCUGAUGGAUCCAUCCGUGUCUCGGUGAAGAAUGAAACUGGGCUAAACGAGCUGAAGAGCAAAGUUCAUGAGCUGCUGGUUUCUCAAUCAUGGAGAAUCAAAAGCGAAAAGAGUGACCAUGAAACGAGUUGAAGUUAGAUAAUUGGUGAAAGUGUGCAGUCCUGGUGGAAAAUUUUUGUCAGAGAAGAAAAUAGUUACUAGUUGAACUAUCCCGGAGGCUAAAAGCAGAUUGAAACCCCAAAGCUGGCUCUAUGAACUGGUUAAGUGUCAUACUGUGCUGUUCAUGCGGAGACUUUAAAUCGUCAACCUAGCUCUCCUUGGUUGAAGAAAGCGACUUUGGUGCUCCUUAUGCAGUUGAGUUGAUGACAAGCCGCAGAGUUGAAAUAUACAGAUGCUCAUGUGCUGAAUUUAGUUCGCUAGUUGGCUCAUUGUCAGUUUCUGGCAUAAUAGUUUAUCAAAGGGAAGGAAUCAGAUUCUUUUGCUGUCUGCUGAUGAUGAAAUCAAAUAUCUGUAGGCAUUAACAACAGUCUCUGGACCGAAAAUGUAUUUGUUAUUGCUGUUUUUUGGAAGCAUUAUCGACUGUGCUGUGUAUAUAUUUUAAGCUGAUUCAUGUAAAUGACCUGUUCCAUCAUGCACAAUAAAGUGUUAUGCAGGUAAUUCAUCGAUCA